CACUAUGCUCUGUUUUUUCCAGGGGUGAGCCCCUCCAGACUCCGAAUAGGGGAUCAAGAAUUUGAUUCGUUGCCUGCUUUACUGGAAUUCUACAAAAUACACUAUUUGGACACUACAACGUUGAUAGAACCAGUUUCCAGAUCCAGGCAGGGUAGUGGAGUGAUUCUCAGGCAGGAUGAGGCAGAAUAUGUGCGAGCCCUCUUUGACUUUAAUGGGAAUGAUGAAGAAGAUCUUCCCUUUAAGAAAGGAGACAUCCUGAGAAUCCGGGAUAAGCCUGAAGAGCAGUGGUGGAAUGCGGAGGACAGCGAAGGCAAGAGGGGGAUGAUACCUGUCCCUUACGUCGAGAAGUAUAGACCUGCCCCCGCCUCAGUAUCGGCUGUGGUUGGAGGGAACCAGGAGGGUUCCCACCCACAGCCACUGGGUGGGCCGGAGCCUGGGCCCUAUGCCCAACCCAGCGUCAACACUCCGCUCCCUAACCUCCAGAAUGGGCCCAUUUAUGCCAGGGUUAUCCAGAAGCGAGUCCCUAAUGCCUACGACAAGACAGCCUUGGCUUUGGAGGUCGGUGAGCUGGUAAAGGUUACGAAGAUUAAUGUGAGUGGUCAGUGGGAAGGGGAGUGUAAUGGCAAACGAGGUCACUUCCCAUUCACACAUGUCCGUCUGCUGGAUCAACAGAAUCCUGAUGAGGACUUCAGCUGAGUAUAGCUCAACAGUUUUGCUGACAGAUGGGAACAAUCUUUUUUUUUCCAACUGCCAUCUAUACAGUUUUCUUACAGAUGUCAAAAGCAGUCUAGUUUAUAUAAGCAUUCUGUUACCUGUGAUCUUUUUGAGACUGAACUACUCCAUUCCUAGUCUUAUUUACCAUGUUCAGGGUACGAAACUGGAGGGCUUAUGUGUUAACUUCUGAAUUGGCAAUUUUAGGUGGUAGCAGCCAUGCCUGUAUGUGAGAAAGGAUAGAUAUCUUGCCUCCUUUCUUUCAGGCAAUGCAAAUCAACCUGUGGGAAACUGAUGGUCAGGAGAGGAGUGUUACACACUGCUUACCCUGAUUUAUUCAAUGGAUUUAUUUUCAUUCUGAAACCGUACUAUCAAAUGGCAUUAGAUUGUUCCCUUCCGCCCCCACAAAGUAAUCAUGCACCAUGUGAGUAGUACCCAGUGGGAUUGCUUUCUCAUUUAUAGAACAUGACCAUUGUAUGACUCAUUCUGACAUUUCAAAUCCUGAGAAUUCUGAGAACACUACUAGAGGCAUUUGUCUUCCUUCCUAGUCAAUGCUUCAUAUUUUUUCUUGGGAUUCUUUCAACCUUCGUCAUUCUUUUUCCCCAAACAUAGGUUAAUUCUUAAGUGUGUAUUUUCAUUCCAAAUGAGAAGCAGGAUAUGCAGAGCACUUUACUCAGUGCGUAGCUUUAAGCCAGUAUUGGAUUCAAUAAGUGGACAUCCAGACUCCCAGCUCUCUGCCUUCCCCCCAUGGGGUCAUAGUAGGUUCACUCUGCUGCUGCAGCUAAGUAGACUCCUGGCUAAAGGGAUCCAUUUCUCCAGUACCCUACUAGGAGACUCUUGGAAUUCUUAGCAUCUACUUGGAGUGGAAGGACCAAUCACUUACAAUAUUCCAUAGAAGGUUUUGAGGCCAAAUUCUGCCCUCUGUAUUAUGUGCAACUUGUAUAAAAGUCAGGUUAAAUGAUAUGAGUUUGGGAGGGUAGGAUUAGCACUUUGACAAAAAAAAAAAAAAAGUCUUUGAUCCAAUCAUGAAUUGCUUUUGUAUUACUCAUUUCACAUGGCCAGAAGAGUGCUGGAAAUACAUUGCAUUACUACCUGCAUUUUUGGCUCUUUGUUUAUGUCAGGAUCAGUUUACAAACCCUUUUAAGUAUGAAACAGUUUAUAUGGGGUCAGGUGCUCCAAAGAAUAGACUUAAAAGACCAAAAAUUAUCUAGGCUAUUUAGAUUACAACAUGAAAGUUUUGAAGUUAGUUCCUAGUCUAUAAAGGCACUUACUGGUCUGUGGUGUAGUAUGACCGAUAAAAACACCUGACACUUUGCUUUGGACCUCAUUUUAGAAAAAUAACAUACCUUUCUAAUUGUCUUGCAUAGGUGAAUCUGAUUUGAUUGUACCAAAUCAUGUUAUCCCAGUGGUUAGCACGUUGCCUGGCACACAGUUGACGUGCAGAUGUUCGUGUGAGUGAGCGAGGGGAGUGCAGAAACAUUACAUGGCACAAGGAGGCCAACUGGCACAGGAUUACAUACAUUACCACAAGCAAACUAAUGAGUUGACGCUAACUUAAUAUAUUUUUACCUCACACUAAGGUAAUGCUUGAUAAAGACAUUAAUACUCAACUUUUAAAAUGUUAGCACAGUGCUCUGCACAUAGUGGGUGCUCAAUAAUGUUGAAUGAACAGAUUUGCAAUACUAGAUGAAAUUCCAUCUGACUACUUUGUUAAAUUUUCAUUUAGAGCAUAGAUACUGUAAGAUCCAAAUACACAUUGAAUCUUGUUUUCCUUAAGUAAGGCAUCUAAAAUAUUUGUAGAAAGACCUCGUCACAAGUGAUUCGAAUGUUUGUAUUUUCUCUUGCCUUUGACGUUGAUACUGGCUUAUAAUGACUCUCUUCAUUAUAUGUAAUAUGAGUGGAACAUGCAACUCUACCCAAAUCAUAAGGAUUUCUCUCAAUGAUUGGUUGUCCAGAGCCAUUACAUGAACUGUUGGGUUGGACUGGCUGCAUGUUGCAGUUAUUGGACCUCAAGAAAUCAAAGAACUGCUUACAAGUAUCUUCCAAAAAAGCAAAUGUUAGAAUCCUAUCCAAGUGCAUAUGUACAUUGUCACAGAACAAAGUAAACCGAAAUUGGCUGCUAUAUUUUAUAUAAUCAUUUCUUCAAAAGCCCUUUUUUUUUUUUUUUUGGAUACUAAUGUUUGACAUGGUUAAUUCUUAUUAAUUUGUUGGAAUUGUUUAUUGUUAAUAAUGCAGAUAGAUAAUUUUUAAUUAUCCACAAGUAACAUUUCACUAUUAAUGGUUUGAAAUGGGUGAUAAGCAAACCAAUUUGAAAUAAAGUAUGAACAUGUGCCAUUGUAUUAUAACACUAUACACUUUCUUGACAGUUAAAUUUUAAAAAAAU